AUGGAGGAACAAGGCCUAGCUGGAUCUAAUGAACGAGGAGAGAGACUGGAGGAGGUAGGAGGAAGCCACAUUCUUGUCCAAGAGGAGACCACCGUUGCAAAAUUUGUGACUAAACCAACUCCCCAGCCCAUCAAACAGGAAUUGGAAGAGGGAAUGCAACAAGGCUGGGACAUCCAGUGGUCAGAGUUCCUGAACGUCCCGCAAUCCCCUUAUUCAAAAUGGAAAAAUGUACCACCUCAGCCAGGGCCUAGUACUCCAGAAGUCCCAGUGUCCUCCAAAAAAGUAGCUGAGUUGUGCCACUGGCCUCGAAAAGACUAUGCCACCCAGACUGUGGCAGGUCCCUCGGACAAAACCCCCAAGGCCCACGAAAGUCCAGACUUUCCUAUGGAGGUGAAAGAAGAGGUUCCGGAUGAGGACGCCCUUCAGUUGGAGACACGGCGCCAACAGUUCCGGUGCUUCUGCUACCAGGAAGCCCAGGGUCCCCGAGAGACCUUCAGCCAGCUCUGGGAGCUUUGCCAUCGGUGGUUGAAGCCGGAGAAGCGCACAAAGGAGCAGAUCCUGGAGCUGCUGAUCCUGGAGCAGUUCCUGACCAUCCUGCCCCAGGAGAUCCAGAUCUGGGUCCAGGAGAGCUGUCCAGAGACCUGUUUGGAAGCUGUGGUGCUGGCGGAAGAUUUCUUAACCAGAAAGCCAGAGGCUAAGGGAAGCCAGAUACCAGGACCUUUGAAAGACUUAGCUGCUAAUUUGCCCAUGCUGGAACAAGUCCCGUCAGAUGCCAGGGUGAAGCUGCAGUUGGCUGCUGAUGCCAAGAAAGGAAGUGAUAGAGAGGCCAUCUUGUUGGGAGAUGAUCAGAUGAAGACAAAAGAAGAGGGAAAUCUUUGUCUCAAAAGAUCCAAGACAGUGGAACUUAAGGAGACAUCACUGGGAAGAGCUAAAGAAAACCCCUUCUCAUUUCAUGGGGCGGAAGAGGCAGCAUCUGAAAAUCAGCCAGAACGACAAGUCCUCCAAGAAAGUGAACCCCCGAAAGAAGCAGAAAGGGUCUUGCUUUCUGAAGAAAGCUCUGAAAGCAUUGUGAACAAAGAGAUACACCAGUGUAAGUCCAAAAAGACUUGCACAGAAUGCGGACACCUCUGUGACAUCUUCGACCUUCCUGCAAAUCAGAAAACACAAACAGAAGAUGAGUUUUACAUCUGCCCCCGUUGUGGGAAGACUUUCAAGAAUGGUGCGCCUCUUGCUUCACAGCAGGGGACUUUGGCUGCGGCUAAACCUUAUCCAUGCUCUGAGUGUGGCAAAAGCUUCGGUACAAAAGCUUCCCUUCUGAAGCACAAGGGGACCCACUCGGGGAAAAAACCCUACGUGUGCUCCGAGUGUGGAAAGUGCUUCACCACUAGCUCCAACCUGAUCUACCACAAUAUUGUCCACACGGGAGAGAAGCCACACAAGUGCUCUGACUGCGGCAAGAGCUUCCACUGGAAGUCGUCCCUGAUCACCCACGAAAGGACCCACACGGGGGAGAAGCCAUACGAAUGUCCCGAGUGUGGGAAGAGCUUUGGCAACAGCUCCCAGCUUCUACGGCAUAAAAGGGUGCACACAGGGGAGAAGCCGUACCAUUGCUCUGAGUGUGGGCGAAGCUUCAAUCAGAUCGCUUCUCUUAUUGCACACAAAAGAAUCCACACAGGAGAGAAACCCUAUGAAUGCUCUGAGUGUGGGAAGGGUUUUGGCACCAGAACGAACCUGAUGAUGCACAAAAGAGUACAUACGGGAGAGAGACCGUAUAAAUGCUCAUACUGUGGGCAGAGCUUCAGCCAGAGGACACAUCUUAUCAUCCAUGAGAGAACCCACACAGGAGAGAAGCCCUACACGUGUCCAGAGUGUGGGAAAAGCUUUAACGCAAAGGCUCCUCUCAUCACCCAUCGAAGGACCCACACGGGAGAGAACCUUUACCAGUGCUUCCAAUGUGGGAAAAGCUUCAGCACAAGCUCUAACCUCCUAAAUCACAACAUAAUCCACACAGGCGAGAAACCCCACAAGUGCUUGGACUGUGGAAAAUGCUUCAACCGGAAAUCUUCCCUCAUAACACAUCAGCGAACUCACACAGGGGAGAAGCCCUAUGCUUGCUUUGAGUGUGGGAAGCGUUUCAUUUCUAGUUCGGACCUCACAAAACAUAAAAAGGUCCACAGAGGAAAACGUGCAGUCAAUGCCGAAAGCUUUGUUCAUAGCCCAGCGCAUGCAGAGCCAGGAAGCUUACACCCCGGGGAGCAGCUAUCAUAA